CGCUUUGUUCAAACUCUGAAGUCAGUCACAGCGUAGACAAGCCGUGCUUCACCUCACCUACGACACCACUUUCGGUACGGAUAACUUUCAUGACGCGCAUUUAAACAACCGGCGUGCGUAAAACUACUGUGCGUAAACUUACUUCGGAUGUCUUGAGUUGUCCUAAAGCCGUCCUAAAAGUGGAUUUGCUUAACUUUGUCAUUUCUUGGAGUACACCCGGGGCUAUGAACAGAUAGGUAACUGCAUUAACCUCUCUGACAUUGACUAAACUCGUGUCUUAUGGUAUGUUUUAACCUUGCACGUGCGAUCUAUGGAGAGGCAAUCCUGGAGUUACCUACUACAGCCAAGACAACGCCAGGAGUGUUGACUGCUACUUCCCAAACCUGGACAGCGCAAAAGGACACACUUAACCUCAUUUGAAUGCCUAUGCAAGGGGUUUGCUGGUUUCUGUGCUGCAGGCAGGGCUUCAGUUUGCUCCGAAGGGAAUAUGGGGAGAAAGAAGAGGAAGAAUCGUUUGAAUUGCGCAAUAAAGAGGACUUGACUCCCAAUGGACGGGGUCCAACAGAUGUGACUGUCUCUCAGCCCACUCGCACAGCCAAUGGGACUAAUGGACACGCCAUCUCCGAAGUGUCCGCAGAGAUGAAGAGCCUGAUCAUCGACAAGAACAAGAUGAGUCCUGAUGAAGACCCCGAGCUGCUGGUUAAAGGCUGGCUGUUUCGUGAGGUGCGGGGGAACUGGAUCAAGCAGCGGCGUUACUGGUUUGUUCUGAGCCAGGACUCUCUGGACUAUUACACUGGUCCAGAGAAGGGAGCUCGUAGACUGGGAACUCUGGUCCUUACCAACCUCUGCUCUGUCAUCUGGCCCGACAAACAGACAUUUAAGGAAACCGGGUACUGGAGCCUAACAGUGUACGGACGUAAGCACUGCUACAGACUCUUCACCAAACACUUCAAUGAGGCUGUGCACUGGGCUUGUGCCAUUCAGAAAAUCAUUGACACCAAAGCACCAGUGGAGACGCCCACCCAGCUCCUCAUCCGAGAUAUCGAGGAAAAUAAAUUCAACCCUGAGGUGGUGGAACACAUUUUUCAGCACAACCCCAUUCUGAAGUACACCCAGGGCCCCCUGUACGCGCCUCUGCUGCCCUUCCCCUACGGCAGCCCCGAGCACAGAUACCACAGCGGGAAAGGCUACGGCUCAGUGCGAGAGGAGGCGGUCAAACUGUUCAACUGCCUGCAGCAGCUGGAGUCUGCUCGGGAGCCUGUUCCCAUCAUCCAGGGGGUCCUGCAGACUUGCCUGGACCUCCGGGCGCUCCGGGAUGAGGUCUACUGCCAACUGGUCAAACAAACAAGCCACACCCCCCACCCGUACACCGCCGCCCACCUCCGCUACUGGCAGCUCCUCACCUGCAUGAGCUGCACCUUUCUGCCUGGGCCCAUUGUGCUCAAAUACCUGCGAUUCCACCUCAAAAGGGUCCAAAGCCAAAGUCCAGAGUCAGAGAUGGACAACUAUGCAUCUUUCAUCAGCGAGGCCCUGGAGAAGACCAAGUGUCGGGAGUGUGUGCCGUCCUGGGAGGAGAUCCACAUGCUGAUGAACAGGCAGGAGAUGCUGUGUACGAUACAUUACCCAGGCCCAGGCUCCUGCCAGCUCUACGUCAGCUCACACACAACAGCUAACGAGGUGGUGCGAAGGAUGCAAGAGAAACUCAAUCUGCAGGACAGUAAAAAUACAUUUGCACUAUAUGAGCAGAACGCCCUGUGGGAGCAGCCGGUGUCCGGUAGUGCCCUCAUCGCAGACAUCCUCACCAGCUUUUCUGCUAAAGAGGCAGAGUCCAAAUCCCAGUGGAGGCUGUGUUUCAAGCUCUACUGUCUCCUGGAUGCUGACAGCAUUUCUGUGGACAGCAUCGAGUAUUUCUUCCUGUUCGAGCAGUGCCAUGAGAUGGUGGUGCGUGGCCAGCUGCCCGCCUGUGAGGAGGACCUUCAGACUCUGGCUGCUCUCAGGCUUCAGUCGCUCUUUGGAGACUUCAGCACUCAUGCCCCCUGCCCUCCUUUGGAUGAGCUGUUCCCUGGGCCCAUGCUCGAGGCCAGGGUGCUCAUGGCUCUCACUGCCCCCCCAGGACUGCCCCCCUGCACAGUGCCCGCUCAGGGCUGCCCCGGGACAGGCUUCCCCUCGGGCCUUCUCUCAGGGACUCUGUGGACAGCGGUGCACAAGCAGAAAGUGGAGCAGGAUUUACGAUUGCGAAGUCGCCUCAAAGAGGAAGCCACUGUUGUCAUGGCCUCCAUCUUGGAGCGCUGGAAGGGUUUGGCUGGCUACAGCCGCUUGGACAGUAUGGCCGCUUACCUCACUAUUGCACGCCAGUGGUCAGGCUUUGGAUGCACUCUGUAUGAAGUCGACUUUUAUAUUAGUUCGACGGGGAACUUCUCCCAAAAGUUGUGGCUGGGUGUAGCAGCUACGUCAGUGUCUUUGUACCGUCAGGGAGAGGCUGAGGCGCUCGAGUCCUUCCCCUACGGCCAGAUCUGCUCAUAUGGCGUAUCUGAUAGCAACACAUUCAAGAUCACCGCAGGAGACCGAGACCUGCUGUUUGAAACGACCAAGUUGACGGAGAUCCUGCAGCUGAUGAACGCAUAUUUCAGUGCCACCCGUCGACAACGAGGCAAAGCGGACGAAGCAGACAUCACGCGGGACCAUCACUUGACCCCAAUGCCAGCGUCUGCCCUCCUGGAGCUGCCUUCACAUCCAGUCUGAGUCCCCCACCACCACCACCACCACCACCAUAUCCCAUCCCAACACACGUGGCCCCCUUAGGCACCUCCUCCUCCUCCGCCCAGUCCUCCUUCCUUCACUGGGAAAAGCACAGCAGCCAAAACAAAGAGAGGGCUGUUUUCACUCCCCAUCCGUGAAAAUAAACCCAGGGCCUAGCAUUGCAGCUGAAGGAGCGAUAGAGACUUGAAGGGGGGAGGGUGGCGAGGCUAGUGGUUCUGUUUUUGAAUAGGGGCCAGAAAGCCGCAGAAACCAAUGUGGUCGGUGAUGAGGUGUCACACUUGCAGCAAAUCCCCACUCCACCCUGUCACGCACACACCUUAUCCCUUCGACAAUGUGAGAUGUACUGUAGUAGCAUUUAAAUCUAAUGGCACCAAAAACUGUGGUAUUGACUACGUGAGUGGUUCUGAAAGUUUUGACAAGUACGAAUUUGGGGUAGGAUUUAAAAGCUGCACUGUGGAACUUUGCUGGAGGGGGUUAUGUUAUUUCCACAUCAACUUAUCUUCAUGGAGCCAGGUGAACUCUUUAGAGAAGUGACCCUGCUCACAAUAAGAGUGGUUAUAACACUUGUAAUUGAAUAAAUGCAAGAUUGAGAUACUGUGGAACAUUCUACGCAAAGCAGUAACAUCUCCAUGGAGACAAGCAGGUGGAGAACCCUCAUCAGUAAAGUUACAUAGUGCACAUUGAACCAAGAUUAAUCCCAAACAGGACUCAAAAUCUGGAAUAGUAGAAAGAAAUAAGCGCUAAGUAUGGACAAACCCAGAACUAAAACAGGACUGAACUAGGACUGAACCUGGACUUAACUGUGCCUAAGCCAGAACUGACUGGUCCAAAGUCUCAAACAAAGAACUAAAUGAGUACUUGAAUUUUAAUGCCCCUAGUUCUUCUUACCAUGACAAUAACUCUUGCCUACCACCAGUGAUGUCACAGUUUAAGAACCACUGCCAUUUAUGAAGAAAAAGAAACACUACAUUUUAUUUAACUCUUUAAGUAGGUGUGCCAUAUUGCUCCAGUCUUUUUUCCUAGAAGGCCUGGAGACUUCAAGUACACUCUCUCGUUGGGCGCCCCCCCCCCUCCUUAAUGUUCGGCAGAGAGUUUUCAUAAGGUCCCGGGCAGAGGCUUGCAUUACCUGGAACUGUUGAUGCAUGCAGCCAUGUGAUCCCAGAACUGGAAACAGAUGUUGAACUUUGUAGCAAAAAAGUCACUUCUGCCGCCAUGAAGACUCUCGGGAAAAUCAGCUGUGCGUGUGUGUAAUUUUAAUCACGAGAUCUACUUCCUGUUUGACGAUGGGAGUAGAUGAAAUGUUUCACCAGAAAACCAAAGGACUGUGGAGCGGUUUCUAUACGCUGUCGUUAGCACCAAAAAUGCUCUGAUUUUUGUCCUUUGUCACAUUGCUGCUUGUCAUGGUUAACACUUGACUUGUUUUGUGUCAGCUACAGCUCUGCUAAAAUUUACUGGUGCUUUCGUGUUUAAUUUUUGUUACUUUUAAACUGUAUAUAAUUUGUAGAUUAUAAAUGAGCCUUUUAAAAGAUAACGACGAUAAUGCUUUGCUAUCCCCACACGUUGCUACAAAAGCCUCGUCCUGUUUUAUUUAUGUUUUUUACCGUCACUGCGUCUUAAUUGCAAAUGUGUUUUCUUGUUUUGUUGAACUGCUCUGAGCCGUAAAUGCCAUUGGCUCACUUCAGUUGUAGCAAUCCUCUUUAGCUCUGUGUUCCUCUUUUCUAAAGCCAAAGUCCCAGGUUUUGAAACGGACCAAAGAUUUUUAAUAAGCUUUUAUGACAGCAGGUUACAUAAAUAUGUUGUAAUUCUAGUAAAUGUGGUCGCACUUAACUUCACAGCGCAGUAAUGUCAUGGUAACUGGGAUAACAAGGUCAAGGGAUAAAUACAUUUGUCAGUCCUGUUUCCAUACUAUUGGAAAGAAAACACAUCCAUCUUUCUUCCUGGUCAUUUACAACCUUCUUACGGACUUGGGAAGAAUUUUUACCGUUAAAUAAAGCAGAAAGCUAGAUAUGAACUAUUACUAUGUUAUUAUUGCACUGUUAAGUAAAGUGCUGCUAGUUAAUAGCAUUUCUACAGCCAUAAAAAUCAUGCUUUUUCUAGACGACGUAGCCUCAAACGUUAAACUUGAUCCCGUCACCACGAAAGGCCUUGACACCAGUCGGCCUUAUGCCUGUGAAAGCACAGGGCCUCGCUUUUUCUACUGCAGCUGCAGGCAGCUCCAACCCAUGUGUUUGUAAAGAAACUGCGGAAGUAGCUUUGUAUUAGGCUUGUUUGUAUGCUGCAUGGUACCUUUAUGUUAAUGUGUGUAUAGUUCAUUGCACUAUUUGUUUGUUUUUAACUAACUUGGAAGUGCAAUAAAAACUAUAAAUACUGUAUGUAAUUAAUUAAAGCCUCCAUUUGAA